GGGGUUGGAGGCUGGGAGAGAAGUAAAUAACAAACAGCCAGCGAGGACGCAGGUAGCGAUGCGGGACAGGGAGUUGGAGCAAAGGGGGAUGAUUUAACGCGCACCAGCACGACUUACUCGAACCCAGAGGCAGAGGCGAACCGCGAGGAGUGGGUGACAAGCGCCUUCAAUGAUAUUUUUGGAAGGAACGGGGUCUGAGCACCAUGUCCUGCUCCGAUAACCUGCUUUGGGAUGUGAGGAAGCGCUCAAUCGGGUUCGAUCAUCCUAAUGCCGUCAGGAUUAACUACCUGGGAAGAAGAGAGUUUGUCCAAAGAUUAAAACUUGAAGCAACCCUUAAUGUGCAUGAUGGCUGUGUAAAUACAAUAUGCUGGAAUGACACAGGAGAAUACAUCUUAUCAGGAUCCGAUGAUACUAAUUUAGUGAUAACAAACCCUUACAACAGAAAGGUCAAGGCCACCAUUCGUUCAGGGCACAGGGCAAACAUAUUCAGUGCCAAGUUUAUGCCACAAACCAAUGAUCAACAGAUUGUUUCCUGCUCAGGAGAUGGAAUCAUAUUCUAUACCAACACAGAGAAGAGCCCAGAGAUUAACAGGCAGUGCCAAUUCACCUGCCACUAUGGAACUGCCUAUGAGAUUAUAACAGUACUCAAUGACCCCUACACCUUCCUGUCCUGUGGGGAAGAUGGUACUGUUCGGUGGUUUGAUGUCAGAAUGAAAACCAGCUGCACAAAAGAAGAAUGUAAAGAUGACAUUCUCAUUAAUUGUCGGCGUGCUGCUACCUCGAUCUCAAUCUGUCCCUUGGUCCCCUAUUACCUAGCAGUGGGAUGCUCAGACAGCUCUGUUAGAAUAUAUGACCGAAGAAUGCUAGGCACAAGAGCAACAGGUAACUACAUGGGCCGUGGAACGACGGGGAUGUGUGUGCGCUUUGUCCCGGCGCACCUCUCCAACAAGUCGUGCCGCGUGACAUCCCUGUGCUAUAGUGGAGAUGGCCAGGAGAUCCUAGUCAGCUAUUCCUCCGACUACAUCUACCUGUUUGACCCCAAAGAUGACCAGGCCCGUGAGCUGAAAGGGCCUUCUGAGGAGAGGAGAGAGGAGCUGCGGCAACCUCCGGUGAAGCGCCUGAGACUCCGGGGCGACUGGUCAGACACGGGGCCGAGAGCGCGGCCCGAGAGCGAACGAGAGAGAGAUGGGGAGCAGAGUCCCAACGUGUCUCUCAUGCAGAGGAUGUCAGACAUGCUGUCCCGAUGGUUUGAAGAGGCCAGCGAAGUGGCCCAGAGUAGCAGGGGCCGCCCACAGCCACGCCCGAGGGGUAAACCACUUCUCUCGAGCAGCACUGCCUCCAGUUCCAGAGGAAGUGGGGGUCACAGCAAACUAGACAAACCUGAGGAGCCCCAGAAAACACAGAGCAAAGAGGAGUCUUCGCUGGAGAGCAUGGAGGCAGCACCGUCAGCUCUAGCGGAAAAGCCCAUGCAGUCCAAAGCACUGGAGCCCCCCGAGCAGACUGGGGCGGGACCGGCUGGGGCUGGAGCUGGAGGCGAGGAGAGCACGGACAGCAGCACAGAAAAGGCCUCUCCCAGCUCUCCGGAGAGCCCCGCGGCCGGGCCGGCAGAAGAGCUCGCUCAGGGAGCGGACAGUGCCUCUUCCCAGCCCCCGGAGGAGCAGCAGGCGGGGGCGGGCCUGGAGAACCCCAGCGAGUCGUGCCGGCGCACCGAGCCUGCGGGAGAAAGCAGUCGUGAGCAGGCCACCCGCAGCUACCAGGAUUCAGACGACAGCGACGAUGACCCCAUUUUAAUACCGUCGGCAAGGUAUCGUGCCGGACAGGGGCAGAGAUUUAAUUUCAGAGGAUCAGCAGUAGGUGAUAGAAUGAUAAGACGCAGUGCUGCGGCCCGCAUCCAGGAGCUCUUCAGGAGGAGAAAGGAGCGGCGUGAGAUGGAGGAGAAUGAGACCCUAAAUAUCAGAAGACCGGCAGUCAAGAUGGUUUACAAAGGCCAUCGCAACUCCCGAACCAUGAUCAAGGAAUCCAGUUUCUGGGGGAGUAAUUUUGUCAUGAGUGGCUCUGACUGUGGGCACAUCUUUAUUUGGGAUCGACACACAGCUGAACAUCUGAUGUUGCUGGAGGCAGAUAACCAUGUGGUAAACUGCCUCCAGCCCCACCCCUUUGAUCCCAUUCUCGCCUCAUCGGGAAUAGACUAUGAUAUCAAGAUUUGGUCACCACUGGAAGAAUCUCCAUCUUUUAAUAGAAAGCUUGCUGAAGAGGUUAUUACCCGCAAUGAGCUGAUGCUUGAGGAGACAAGAAACACAAUCACAGUGCCUGCCUCCUUUAUGCUGCGAAUGCUGGCUUCGCUGAAUCAUAUAAGAGCAGACCGUUUGGAAGGUGAUCGCUCAGAGGGUUCUGGUCAAGAGAAUGAGAAUGAAGACGAGUAGUCUUUUUUUUUUUUUGCUACAAAGCACUUGAAGACUGAGAUUUGUACAAGUAAAAUGUAGAAUAUUUUCCUUACAGAACAUUAGUGCAAUUUUUAGCUUUUUUUUAAACCAUAACUUUAUUAAUAAUUUUCCUUGUGGUUAAACUGCAUUUGAAAAAGUGUGAAUGCAAGCUGUGGCAAUAAAAACGUGAAAAUGGAAAAACAGAUCUGGAUGACGGGUGCUUAAGGAUAUAAAGUGCAAUAUUAUUUUUCAAGAGUAAAUAUCUGAGAUUGGAUCAGUGUUAUGGAGUGGGUUUCAUUAUUAUAGCUAAGGUUAAAUAACUUUGUAUACCUGAUGUUAUGCAUGUAAACAUUAAGGAUAAAUAUGCUUUUCAAGUACAUAAUUUUGUUGUUUAAAUAUUUUCUGGUGAUUAUUUAUAGAUCAGCCAGCCUGUUAAAAAUACAAAUUCAGAUAUUAGCAUCUUUCCUGUGCUUUCUUCUUAAACCAGCUUUCUGAUUUCAGUCAUUGGAGUUCAGCUUUAAGUAGUAUUCAUACUACAGUAGCCCCUCACCACUGGGGUCUCAAACUUUGUGGUUAACAGAGAUAAAAAGAGUUACAUUCACAGUUAAUGAGGCCCUGUCCAACAAAAAUCAAUCCAAAACAGUUAAAGGAGGACAACGUUAUAUUUAAACACCAUUUCAAUUUAUUAAUUUUAAUUUUGGUAGAAAAAAAGUCUUACUCUGGAUGUUUAAUGAAUUGUAACAGGGUGCAUUCUGUCCUUUUAACAGUUUGUAGUUAACAGAAAUCAUUAACGUUUUUAAAUCCUACUUUUAGCAGAACAAUGACUAGGCACGAGUGACUUUCUAAUGAAAAGGUUGUGAUAUUGAACUCAUUGAAUGACAUUCCAAUCUGCUGUCAUUUUUAAACUGAAUUAAUGUUGAGGAUUCAGAGUCGUUUUGGAUGUUAUGUGAAAAAGGGUGAAAUCAGUAGAUGAUAAAUGAGCCUAUAAUUAAAUGUACUGAAAAUGAGAAAUCA